AUGGCUGACCGAAGGCGCGUCAGUCAACGGCCAUUCGCCGAGCGUCGCAGGGGCUCGGUGUUGGUGGGCCAACGCUCCAUCGACAUCAUGAAUAUGAACCAGAACGGAGAGGAUGGAGGGCCGAGGUUCGUCAAGUUCAUCAUCCGCCAGUACAAGCGAUGGGGCUACUUCAUUUGCGACCAUGACUGGAAGGCGAUGCUGAUUUGUACGGCCUUCAGUUUGCUCGGAUUGGCCAAUGUGGUCUUCACACCGUAAGGAAGGGUUUUUUUUUAUCCUAGAGGGAAUUUGAAUAAUUUUCAUUUAUUUUUUAUUUUGAUGACUUUACAAAAAACAAUGACAAAUUUUGUGUAAAGUGUAGUAUCAUCAGGUUUUCUUCAAAUUUUGCAUCUACGGUCUACACAGGCCAAUGCUACUCUGAAAGUUGUAGCCCGGACUUUGUAGGUUCCGCCGAGAGAUUCGUCGAUGUUUGCAGACGAGAGGCUAUGCAAAGGAGGGUGUUUUCUUUGUAUCUGUUGGUCGGAAAAAAAAAUCUUUUUUGAAGGACUCCAACAAACACUCAAUUCUCAAUCCAAACCCAUAAAAUCCCUCAAUUUCUUGAUAGUUUCUGCAAAACGCAAGGCGAAAAUCUCGUAAUAAGUGUAAGAGGUCGUAAUUUAAAGUUCCAUUAAAACAUUUGCAUCCCACUUUGAGGUAAAUUUAGAAGUUGUAUCCGAUAUCACAAAUCUUUCAGCCAACAAAACGACAUUACCGGAUACACCCCCUACGGAGCCCGCGCCAUCGAUGAGUACUCGGUCUAUCAGGAUUUCUUCUCAGAGAAUGGCCUCGGCGUGACCGUUUAUCUUUUUGCCUUGGCCAAGGAUGGAGGCACAAUGCUAAGGGAUUCCCAUCUAAAAGAAACGAUUGCGGUAGGCUCCAUUGAUGCGAUUUUAUUCGUAUUUUAGGUGCUGGAUCGAGCAAUGGAUACGGUGAAUUUAACCAAUUCGAAAGGGGAAUCCAAGCCUUUUUCCAAAUUCUGCAAAAGUUUUUGUCGAGUAAACGAGCCGGUUCGACAGUUUUAUGUAAGUAAUAUAAUACAAUUUGUUGCUUGUACAGUAAUUUUAUGUUGAAUUUCGUGUUCAAAAGCUAUUCGAAGGCACCACAGGAGCCUUUGGAUAGUCUGGGGGAAAAAAUUUAAAUUCCCGCAAUUUUUGGCAUUCUGUUUUCUGGGUUUCUAUGAUGCUUAAUGACGUCAUAAUUGAAUACCAGAAAUUCGUAUUUUGUUUUAGACUUGAAACAUUUUAAAUUUAUAUUUGGAUAAUUUUUAUAUUACCCAUGACAGUGACCACAAACUUCAAUUCAACCCGCUUUUGCGAUAUAAAAUCGAUAUUACUCCAGUAAAUUAGCCCUUUUCAGAAUGGAUUCAAGAUUCAAAGUGAAUUGGCGGCCAAAAAACAGAAGCUGAAUGGCCGAUUGGUCCUGAAUUACCCCCAAAGCACGAUCUUUGGCCAAUCAUUUACCCUGCAGCAAAAUUUUUAUGGAAUGGAAUUUUGGGAUGAUCGCGAAGCCCGGGACACCCUGGAUAUUCUGGAACAAGCUGAGGACGGGAAUGGGACUGACGUGACCACAGAACAAAUCCAAAGUCACGUCUCCAACAUGAAGAGUGUGAAGAUGGUCGUGAUGCAAUUGCGGGCUGAACAUGACCCCACUUGGACGAAUGCUCAGGUCAAGCAGUACGAAAUGGACAUGGUCGAGGCUUUCGAACGGUAAUUCUUGCUGUGUGCAUUUGACAAUUUAAUUAAUUUUUGUAUUUUGAAGACUAAAAUAAUGUAAAUUUUAGGAAAUUUUCUCCGAAACAUUUGCAACUGUAUGUUCUAUCACAAACUUACGUCGAGAACGAGAUGAUCAGAGCUGGAAUUAGUUUGUUGCCUUAUCUGACGGUCGGAUUCUUCAUCAUGUGUGCUUGUUCGGUCAUCUCCGUUACAAUCAGAGCUGUUUACAUGCAACAACACAGUCUCCCAAAGGUAAGGAAUCUCGAGAAAGCCCUUAACCUUUGCGUUGUGCUUUGUAACCACCAAAUCCUUAAGAUGUGUAGCUGUUUUUGAUUAUUUUCGUUAAAAAAAUGAUGCCGGAAACCCCCAAAUUUCAAAUUCCAGAUUCUCCUCGCGAUCACUGCCUGUGUCCUCCCUUUCAUGAGUUGUGCCACUGCCUUAGGGCUCUUGUUCUUCUGUGGAAUGAGGUUCUCGUCCAUCUUGUGUGUCAUCCCCUUCCUGGUUUUGGCCAUUGGAGUGGACUCCUCUUAUCUGAUGAUCCACGAAUGGCAACGAGUCUGUAAGCAUUCCCGCGACCAUCCCAGUCGCAAAUCGAUGCAAGUUGGGUACCGAGUUGCUGAGGUGCUGAGUGAGGUCGGGCCGGCCAUCUUGAUCUCCGUCUUGACCAACGUUUUCGCAGAUGGAGUCGGAUCUUUCACGUCCUCGCCCGAGAUUACUUUGCUCUGCGUGGGUAACUUGACAUCCAUGAUUGUCGCCUAUAUUUACCAGGUGAGUUGUCAGGUCAUGGUCUUGUCCUCUAUGACAUCAUUUGGAAAGGUUAUAAGCAAUUCGAUGGCUUUAGAUUAUCAUGAAUAAAAUAAUCAAAGUCAUUGUAGAUGACCUUCUACGCUGGUCUCUUCUCAUUGGUUGGACGAUAUGAGAUCGCACAAGAACGAAAAGAGCGGUCCAUCUUCGAGGCCAGUCUUCGUACCGCCAAAUUUGAUCGCAAGCAGCAUCUGCAGGUAGGUGUAAUAUAAUUUAGCCCCUCUAAUCCAACAUACUUCAGCGCCAGCCCUCCAAAUUCCACGACAACACUAAAGAAGCGAUCAGUCACACCAUGGAAGUGUACGUCAGCAUCGUCGCCAACAAAUUCGUGGCCAGCUUAACAAUCUUGGUUUACUUUAUGUACCUGGCUUUCUCCAUUUAUGUAAGGAAAAUCUGAAAUUAGAAAUAGUUUUAAAGGGUAUCACCCAAAUGAAUAUCAACCUGACAACCCAGAAACUGUUUGCGGCCGACUCUCCACUAUUGGAGUUGGACAAAUUGAGAGUCGAAUACCAGGUACCCCACUUUACAAUGGCCACCGUUUUUGUGAACCAACCCGGAAAUCUGAGUGACCCCAAACGAUUGGAGAGACUCAACGAAUUUGUGGAGGACAUGGAGAAGAUCCGGGGAAGUUGGGGAAAGAUUGGAACCCAAUAUUUCGUUAGAGAUUAUGAGACCUUCCAAGGAACUUUCGAUGGUAAGUAUCGAUAUCACAGAGGGUAUUGGGGGCUAUUUUAUUAAGAGCAAGGGGAGAUCAUGGUGUCAUCUUACGUCAGAAGUCACUUUUAUUUUGAGAAAUUUCUAAAGCAAGAAAUUUGAACCAAAAUUAUCAAAUUUUAACCAUGGAUAAUAUAAUUUUAAUCGCAAAAAGUAAAAAAACAGUUAUGGGUUAUCGUAUUUUACCUCGCAAACAGUACGUUUGAACAGUUCUACGUACAUUACUAAAACGUUAUCUAAAUUAAGAUCUAAAGUAAUAUAGACAGCAAAUCCAAUUUGAUCAAACAUCGUAUCCAUUUACCAAAAUAAAAAUUUAUUAUUACUCCCAAACAGAAAAGGCAGUUAGCAAAAUACAUAGAAUAGUUAUAGUUUUAUGUGCAUAAUAUGUAUUACCCUUAUCCAGCAGCAGUAGAGAUCUGACCAAAUCUGAGGCGCGCCAUAACAUCUCGCAAUUGUCUGACCCUCUCUUGUUUAUCUAUCAAAGCCUUCUUCAAUCUUUCAACUUCUUCCGUCAUCUCCUCGUUUUUGGCUCGCAUUUUUGAGAUUUCAGCUUGACAUUCGGUGAGGGCCUCCUUUAGCUCUUGAACCUUGCGGUUUGGAUCGGCAUCUACAGAAUCGUUGACCUUCCUGAGAGACACUUCUGGGCUUUUUUGAGGGGUGGAGGCCUUGGGCUGCUGAAACGUUUUCAAAUACAAGAAAAAUACAAAAUGUAUUGAUCAACCCGUCUAAUACAAUGUAAUCAUUUCACCAAAAAAGUCUAAGACAAUGUAUAGAAAGUCUAGGCCCUCCAAACGUCUGAAACAACCUAAAAAUCAGGAAAAGUAACUUCCAUAAACUCGAACUUACACCUUGAUCUGUAAUAUCCCUGAGAGCAGCUUCUUGCAUUGAUUGUUUCAUCUGUUCCCUCUUUCUCUGUUGACCCAACCUGCACUUGGCAAGUUUCUCGAUCAAUCUUUGUUUCUUUUCUUUCUUUUUUACCCUCCAUGGACUUCCGGUUGCAUUCGAAUUCUCAGAAUCAUUGGUCUCCAUAACUGAAACCUGAAAAAACCGGAAAUAAACUCGUUGAAAUAGUUUAUUUCCCCUGGAUUGCGAAACAGAUAAUGGGAAAAGCAAACCGUAUUUUACAUCCAAAUCCUUAUUUUACGACAACUUUCCGACAAUUUUAUGUUCUUGAAACAGAAUGCCAAACAUUAUAUUUCAUCCAGAAAAGCGUUUGAAAACCGAGGAUUACAGCCAACGCUGGUCUAAUAUUAUCCGCGCACAAUUGCUGAUUAUCUGAUGCAAAAUUUAUUUAACACGGAGGACAUUUUUUGUAGCAUACUUGGCCUAUUCCAGACUUUGAUGUAGACGCGCUCGAAGCCGAAGAAGAGGCCGAAGACAACGGAGUUUCGGCCGCUCUGACCGCGAAGAAGCCACUGCCUUUCGACGGGGAUGAUCUGGAUCACUUUGUCAAAUGGCCUGAGUACAGUUUCUGGAGUGGAUUCUUGCAAUUGGAUAAUAAAACGUAAGAUAUUGCAAUUUGGUGAUGUAAUUGUUGUAUCAAUUAUAAUUUCCAUUUUUCAGGCAUGAUCUGGAGAGGUUCUUCUUUACCACUGGCUAUCAUGGAAAAGAAAUUUCGAUAUGGACCAAACGGGGAGAACUUUUGAAUACCUGGAGGGCAACGGUUGACAAGUACAAGUAAGUUUUGAUAGAAAAAAGUUAAAUUGUGAAGACUCCUUGCCGAGAAAGUUCCUUGCACUUCUUUUCACCUUUAAUGGUCUUUGAUGUUUGCUUUAAAUCAAAUUUUUAACCUUUGUCAUCAUGGAUAAUAUAAAUUUUAUUUUCAGGGACGAUUUCAAAGCCUCCGUCUUCCAUGAAGACGCCGUUUUCCUCGAUCUGAUCGAGAAUAUGCCCACCGAUACUUGGCAGUCAGUCCUGGGUACUUUGAUUUGCAUGGGAGCCGUCUGUUUCCUCUUUUUGAACUCAUUCUUUACCGUCGUUAUGGCCUCAACGUCCGUUCUCUCGAUUUGUGCUGGAAUUCUGGGGAUUUUGAGUUGGUGGGGAGUGGAUUUGGACCCGAUCACGAUGGCUGCCAUGAUCAUCUCCAUCGGUUGCAGUGUUGACAUCCCUGCUCACGUCUCUUACCAUUACUAUCAAGCUUGUAAGUUCUUAAAAUGUAAUCUCAAAUUGUAAUAUAGCCAAGAGAAGUACCCCAGAUGUUGAUGAUACCCCCGAGGCUAAGCUGGUUAAUUGUUUGUCAUCCGUGGCCUUCCCAGCAGUCCAGGCGGGAGUCUCGACCAUUCUCUGUGUCUGCUCCCUUCUUUUUGUGAAACUCUACAUGUCCAUGGUGAGUUAUAUUAACUUAGAGUUUUAAAUUUAGAAGUUCUGAUAGUAUACUGCUCAGAGAUUGACAAAAUUUGACAAAAAUCUGUUAGAUUUCUAGACCAAAAUUUUUCAUUCCAUUGUUAAUUUACAUGAUCAAAAAAUGUUCCAUAACGCCCGCCAUGAUACGAUAUGUUUAGGUGUUCGUGAAAACGAUGGUUGUUUGUGUGGUGUUGUGUAACAUCCACGGUCUCAUCUUCUUGCCCGCCUUCCUGAUCAUCUUCGAUUCUUGUUUUACGCAUGCCAAGAACACUGUGAAGAAGGUGAAGAAGGCCAAAAACAAGAACAAGAAUGUUGAGAAUGGAACGGCGAACCCAAAUCGGAGGAGAAUCCAGCCUCAGGAAGACAGAAAGAAGGACCAUUUGGAUCACAUGUCUCCGGAUCGGCCUCAGCUUUCCCCUGAUCCCAGUCCUUUACCCUCGCCAAAACCCUCCACUGGAAAAUCGGAGAAAUUGCCGGAGGCAAAUGGCCCCGGAAACGUGGGAGAGGCCGAGAAAUCGACAAAGGACAGCUUCGAGAGUGUGAACCUGACCCGCCCGACCACCAUCGAGAUCCAGGAUUCGACGGAGGACGAGCAGAAACCGGUCGUUUCCCCGCAGAACUCGGUCGACAGAGGGGAAAACAGGAAACCCUCGAAAUUAACGCCUCAAAAAGCGGUGGAAGAAGAACUCUCGGUCUGA